GUUUCCACAAAGCUCCCUGCGCAGCCCCAGUCCAUUGUUCAGAGCAACAGUGUUGCCCACACAGACUGGCAGCGGCCUUCUGCAUGCAAAGCAGCCACCGCCCUUCCCCAAGGUGCCCAUCGUUCUCUGCCCUCCUGAUCACUCUGCCUGGGCCUGAAAGUCCUGAUGGCGCCAAUAGGGCUGGUUGGAAUCAAAUUUUCAUUCUCUUCCCAGGCUCUGGCCGCCUCCCUCCCUCCCUUUUGUUCUCUGCCAUCCCUGGCUGGAUUUCUUCUCUCCCCUAGAGGCCCUUCCCCUGCCUUGGGGUUCCCUGCCUCCCUGUUUCCUGGAGACCCCUGCACCCAAAGGCCCUUUGCGCUCAUCACAGCUCCCUUUGGAGCCGAAUCUGGCAAGUGUGGGGCUGUUGGGGGGGAUGGUGGCUUUUCUUACCUUUCUUCCUUCCAGCUCAGUGGCAGACUCCUUUCCCUGGCUGCAACCAUCUGCGUUGCACUACCUGUUCAGUCCCGGUGUCUCCAGGGUUUGGUGAUCUUUGAGGAGGCGGCCGUGUGUUUCACAGAGGAGGAGGGGCCCUCCUGGAUCCAGGCCAGAGGGCCUUGCACAGGGACAACAUGGAGGAGAAUUACAGGAACCUGGCCCUUCUGAGUGAGCAGAAGGAGAGCAGUCAAGAGAAUGAACCCCAGAGAAUUAAAACUGAAGCAGAAGAAAAUGUUGUUCCAGAUGGUGCUAGCUUCAAUGAAAUUUCAAUGCUGGAAGGACCUUACACAGGCAAGAAAGAGGAAAAUGUCUCUCUUUGUGCAAAAAGCCCAACUAGAAUAUCAGGCCUUAGCACCAUGGGAAGAAAACAUGAUGGGGAUAAACGGUUUCAAUGUUCAGAGUGCAGAAGGAGUUUCAACUACAAAUCACAUCUUCUUGUACAUGAAAGAAUCCACACAGAAGAUAAACCGUAUAAAUGUUCAGAGUGCGGAAAGAGUUUUUGUCUGAGCUACAACCUUCUAACUCAUCAAAGAAUCCACACUGGAGAAAAACCAUAUAAGUGCUCAGUGUGUGGAAAGAGUUUCACUCAGAGCAGUACACUUUUUAAUCACCAAAGAAUCCACACAGGAGAGAAUACACAUACAUGUCCCAGUUGUGGAAAGUGCUUCAGCCAGAAAAUUGACUUUCAAAGAUUCCACACAGGGGAGAAACUGUAUAAAUGCUUAGAGUGUGGAAAGAGCUUCACUCAGAGCUCUUCACUCAGAGGAGAGAAACGGUAUAAAUGUUCAGAGUGCGGAAAGAGUUUCCGUCUCAGCUCCAACCUUCUUACCCAUCAAAGAAUCCACACUGGAGAAAAACCAUAUAAAUGCUCAGUGUGUGGAAAGAGCUUCACUGACCGUAGUAGCUUUUCUCGCCAUCAGAGAAUCCACACAGGAGAGAAGCCGCAUAAAUGUUCCAAUUGUGGAAAGUGCUUUAGCCAGAACAGUCGCCUUCUUAGUCAUCAAAGAAUCCAUACGGGGGAGAAACCAUAUAAAUGCUUAGAGUGUGGAAAGAGCUUCACUCAGAGCAGUACGCUUUUUAAUCACCAAAGAAUCCACACAAAGAAGCCACAUAAAUGUUCCAGUUGUGGAAAGUGCUUCAGCCAGCAAAGUGACCUUCUUAGUCAUCAAAGAAUCCACACAGGGGAGAAACCGUAUAAAUGCCCAGAGUGCGGAAAGAGCUUCACUCAUAGCAAAAGUCUUCGUAGUCAUCAGAGACUCCAUGCAGGUGAGAAACCAUUUAAAUGUGCCGAGUGUGGGAAAAGCUUCAGUCAUGGCAGCAACCUUACUUAUCAUGAAAGAACCCACACUGGUGAAAGACCUUAUAAAUGCUCAGAGUGUGGAAAUAACUUCACUGACCGUGCUGGCCUUUCUCGUCAUCAGAGAAUCCACACAGGAGAGAAGCCACAUAAAUGUUCCAUUUGUGGAAAGUGCUUCAUCCAUAACAGUAUCCUUCUUAGUCAUCAAAGAAUCCACACAGGGGAGAAACCAUAUAAAUGCUUAGAGUGUGGAAAGAGCUUCACUCAGAGCAGUACACUUUUUAAUCACCAAAGAAUCCACACAGGGGAGAAGCCGUAUAAAUGCUUAGUGUGUGGAAAGAGCUUUGCUCAGAGCAAUGGGCUUCGUUAUCAUCAGAGGCUCCAUACAGGUGGGUGUGAGAAAAGCUUUAUACACAGGGGAGAAGAUUGUGUAAACAACUGUUAAAUGAUAUGGGUCUACCUGUGUUGGAGCCAAUCGUAAUGUUUAAGGACAACCAGACCUGUAUUCAUACGUCCAAGAAAAUCGCAACAGAGAUCUAAACACGUGGAUGUCAAAUAUCAUUAUGUAAGAGACAACGUGUAACAGAAACCAAUUGAAUUAUGAUUCUGCUUCACAGAAAAAAUUCUGACAGAUAUACUGAUAAAGGCUCUUGCAGCAUGUAAAUGUGAAUAAUUGGUGAAACGGCUAAGUUUUUUGCCAUCAAAUGAAAGCCAAUAUCAUUAACAAAAUUAAAGAAGGGGUGUUUGAGUAACUGGAUAUGAGAAAGGGUUAAUUUCCUUUAUGAGUGUAAAUCACCCCUGGGUGAGCUAAACAAGGUGCAAGGCCAGCCAAGCCAGUUGCUAUGGUAAUGGCCCACUGCCCCUAUAUCUGUGGUUAAUGCAUGUCAGCUCAGUAGUAGAGUCUAUUUGUUGUCCAGUGUUAUGUCCUGAAUUGGUGAGUUUACUUAGAAUAAUGGAAAUGCCUUGUACUCUUAUGUAUCUGUAUAUAUCUGUAUCUGUAGAAGCCUACAAGCUGUGUAUAUCUAUGUCUGGAACUGUUUUACUGAGCCUCAUCUUCUGCAACAGUAAACUAUUUGGAUCUUAA